AUGUCAUCCGUCAAGCGUCUGGUGUAUGCAAUCAUCCAAUUCUUAAGAGAGCAGAGUCAGCGGGAUGUGUACACAGCAGAUGAACAAGAAAGUUUAGAAGUUGCAGUACAGUGUUUGGAGACUGUUUUUAAGCUCAGUCCUGGUGAUGUACAUCUUUCUACACCCAACUCCUUGGAAGAAUUAUUUUCACAAGCACAUUUUAAGAAUGAUGAAUUGACACCAGCAGAAUCGCCAUCAGUCUCUCCAGCCGACAUAGAAAAGGCUGAACAGCUAAAAGAUGAAGGUAACAAUUACAUGAAGGAACAGAACUAUGAAGCUGCUGUAGAGUGCUACUCACAGGCAGUUGAGUUGGAUCCAAACAAUGCGGUAUAUUACUGCAACAGGGCCGCCGCACAUAGUCAGUUAGGUCACCAUGAAGAUGCAAUAACAGACUGUGAAAAAGCCAUAUCAAUUGAUGAAAAGUACAGCAAAGCCUACGGGAGAAUGGGACGAGCCCUGGCAGCCUUAAAUAAGUACAAAGAAGCAAUCAGCAGCUACCAGAAAGCCUUGGAUCUAGAUCCUGAAAAUGAAUCCUAUAAAUCCUAUCUGAAGAUUGCAGAACAGAAAGUCAGACAAGUCCCCAGUCCGACAAGUGCUGGAUGGGGAUUUUGAUAUGGCGAGCCUCAUGAAUAACCCAGCCUUCGUGAGCAUGGCAGCCAGUUUGAUGCAGGAUCCACAAGUGCAACGCCUGAUGUCUGGAAUGAUGUCUAAUGCAGGAGGGGGUCCUGCAGCUGGUGUUGGAGGGCUAACAGACCUCUCGGGUCUUAUCCAAGCUGGACAACAGUUUGCACAACAGAUUCAGCAGCAAAACCCUGAACUGAUACAACAACUUAGAAACCAUGUGCGAAGUCGAUCUUUCAGCGGGACCACUGAGGAGCAUUCAUGA